UACCGCAGUCAGUAGCCAGCCUGUGUGUACAGCAGCGCAGUAAGACCACUUUAUCAUACGGAGAACUUCAGAAAGGCUCCCGGUAAUAACGUUGUUACAGCGGUGACUUUUCCUCGUGGCAACGUGAAGAAAGACGUGUAAAAAGGCAGCCGGUUUUCACAAUGGCGACAGCUGCGGUUUCUGCCAGUGGCCCCAAUCCCGGAACCGGAGCUGAGUUGGUCCGAGGACAGGCCUUCGAUGUCGGGCCCCGGUACCACAAUCUGUCGUAUAUCGGUGAGGGCGCCUACGGAACGGUGUGCUCUGCGUAUUGCCGUGACAACAAGGUUCGCGUGGCGAUAAAGAAGAUCAGUCCGUUUGAACACCAGACAUACUGCCAGAGGACUCUGAGAGAGAUUAAGAUCCUGCUGCGCUUCAAACAUGAGAACAUCAUCAGCAUCAACGACAUCAUCCUCACGCCCUCCAUCGAUCAGAUGAAGGACGUCUACAUAGUGCAGGACCUGAUGGAGACAGACCUGUAUAAGCUGUUGAAGACCCAGCGCCUGAGCAACGAUCACAUCUGUUACUUCCUGUACCAGAUCCUGAGAGGCCUGAAGUACAUCCACUCAGCUAACGUCCUGCACCGUGAUCUCAAACCCUCCAACCUGCUGCUCAAUACCACCUGUGAUCUAAAGAUCUGUGACUUUGGUCUGGCGCGUGUGGCUGACCCAGACCACGACCACACAGGCUUCCUGACGGAGUAUGUAGCUACUCGCUGGUACCGGGCGCCUGAAAUCAUGCUCAACUCCAAGGGUUACACCAAGUCUAUUGAUAUCUGGUCUGUGGGCUGCAUCCUGGCUGAGAUGCUCUCCAAUAGACCCAUCUUCCCCGGGAAGCACUACCUGGACCAGCUGAACCACAUACUGGGUAUCCUCGGGUCUCCUUCCCAGGAGGAUCUGAACUGCAUCAUUAACAUCAAGGCCAGGAACUACCUGCUGUCUCUCCCGCUGCGCUGCAAGGUCUCCUGGAACAGCCUCUUCCCCAAAGCCGACUCCAAAGCUCUGGACCUGCUGGAUAAGAUGUUGACCUUUAACCCCCACAAGAGGAUCGAGGUGGAGGCGGCUCUGGCUCACCCUUACCUGGAGCAGUACUACGACCCUACAGAUGAGCCUGUAACAGAGACUCCCUUCAAGUUUGCGAUGGAGCUUGAUGAUCUCCCCAAAGAGACCCUGAAGGAGCUGAUCUUUGAAGAGACGGCUCGCUUCAACACAGUCUGCAGGCCCUAACCCGUACACACAGAUCAGACUCUGGACUCCUUUCCUCCACCUCUUCUCUCCACCUUUCCGCCAUGUGCUGUGGUUCCUCCUGUCUUCAGCAUUUCCUGUAUACUUCCUACCUCCCCUAGUCAGUCAAACCACCAUGCUCAGGAACAGUGUCAGGAAUCUCUCUGUCUCUCCCUCCCCUCUGCCUAUGGGGUAAGGGGGCGUCACUUUUUGGCUUAUCGUUGAGGAGAUGCUUGUCUUGUGUGUUUUAAGCCAAGAUCAACAGAGGUCUGUGUCCCAAAUGGUGCCCUAUUCCCUAAUAUAGUGUUCUACUUUUAGAAAGUAGUGCACUAUAUAGGGAAUAGGGUGCCAUAGGACUCUGGUCUAAAGUAGUGCACUUUAUAGGGAAUAGGGUUCCAUAGGGCUCUGGUCUAAAGUAGUGCACUAUAUAGGGAAUAGGGUUCCAUUUGGGACAGAGAUUUGGCUCUGGAGACACCUGUCCAAUCAGACGCUGUGUCUUUGGUUUAUGGUGAAGUCCUCAUUGUUCCUCCUGGCCCGCGCAGCUGAAGCGGUGCUACACAGUUGUCUGUUUGUUUUCAAAAGCUUUACGUUGUCAGUGGUCUUUCUAGAUCUUUCUGUCUGAAGUUAUGAACAGGAUUGUUGUGACAGCACCCUACCAAGAAAGACCCCGCAUAAUACUACAGUAUCUGGACAGGUUGGGGUAAUACUACAGUAUCUGGACAGGUUGGGGUAAUACUACAGUAUCUGGACAGGUUGAGGUAAUACUACAGUAUCUGGACAGGUUGAGGUAAUACUACAGUAUCUGGACAGGUUGAGGUAAUACUACAGUAUCUGGACAGGUUGAGGUAAUACUACAGUAUCUGGACAGGUUGAGGUAAUACUACAGUAUCUGGACAGGUUGAGGUAAUACUACAGUAUCUGGACAGGUUGAGGUAAUACUGCAGUAUCUGGACAGGUUGAGGUAAUACUACAGUAUCUGGACAGGUUGAGGUAAUACUACAGUAUCUGGACAGGUUGAGGUAAUACUACAGUAUCUGGACAGGUUGGGGUAAUACUACAG